GCCAGAGCGCAGGCGCCGCGGACUGGGGAGGGAGGCGAGCUGGUGGCAGGCGGCAUCCAGGAGCAGCAGCAGCAACAGCAGCAGGCGGCCGAGAGCGGUGCGCUCGAUCCAGCAUCUCCCGCAGCCUUCCUCGGUGCGGACUCGCGUCCUUGCCCGUCAAGCGCAGGCUGUGACCGGCUCUGGCGUCUCCUCUGUAGAACGCCGAGGUCGGAGCCUCCCUCCGCUGGUGGCGAGGGCAGGGGAGCGCUUAGGGUCGCCGUGAGCAAAGGAGCCAGUCUGCAGACGCUGCUUCUCCCCGCCCUGCCCUCGCUUUUCUCCCGGCGCAGCCCUCUGCCGAGCCAGGCGCACCAUGACUACGGGAGGCGAUUUCGGGAACCCGCUUAGAAAAUUCAAAUUGGUCUUCCUAGGGGAGCAAAGCGUUGGGAAGACAUCCCUGAUCACAAGAUUCAUGUAUGACAGUUUUGACAACACAUAUCAGGCUACAAUUGGAAUUGACUUCCUAUCUAAAACCAUGUAUUUGGAAGAUCGGACAGUACGGUUGCAGCUCUGGGACACAGCAGGCCAAGAGAGAUUCCGAAGUUUGAUUCCCAGUUACAUUCGUGACUCUACUGUAGCUGUGGUGGUUUAUGAUAUCACAAAUCUCAAUUCAUUCCAACAAACUUCCAAAUGGAUUGAUGAUGUCAGAACAGAAAGAGGAAGUGAUGUCAUCAUUAUGUUAGUGGGCAACAAAACUGACCUUGCAGAUAAAAGGCAAAUCACCAUUGAAGAAGGGGAACAGAGAGCUAAAGAACUGAAUGUCAUGUUUAUUGAAACAAGCGCAAAAACAGGAUACAAUGUAAAACAGCUCUUCCGACGUGUUGCAUCAGCCCUACCAGGGAUGGAAAGCGUUCAAGAGAAGAGUAAAGAAGGGAUGAUAGACAUUAAAUUGGACAAACCACAGGAACCACCAGCGAGUGAAGGAGGAUGUUCUUGUUAAUGCAAAAUGCAGGAUCUGUCAGCUUCAUUUGACACCACGCUUGUUGUGUUGCUUCCUAUUGGUUAGCUUCCUCAAAAUACAAAUUGAGUUAUUGGUUGGGGAGGAUUUUUUUUCUCUCAAUACUUCUCUUGGGUGGGGAGGCUCAACACAAAUCAACAGCUGGCUCUAGCCUUUUCUUUUUUGUUUUAUUUAGUUGUAAUAUAAUGUACUUUAUUAAAAAUGCCAAAACAAUUCAGAAUUUUCCACAAGACACUUUAAUCCUGUGUAUACAACUUUCAGCCAUGGGGACUUUUAUCCUUUUUGGGGCACUUUUUUUUUAAAUUGUAUAUUUGUAAAAAAUAAAAGUCAAGUCUCCAUCAACUUGAGCUAAAAUUUACAAAGAAAAACCCCAAGAUUAUACAGGCUGCCUAAUUUCAAAGUUUAACAUAUUAGCUGUAGCUGCAUCUUGUAGUAACCUAAUACUGAUCAGUUCACUGAGCAUUACCAUUUAUACACUAGAGACAGCAUAGUCAAUCCCGUUGCAACUGUUAUAACAUAAUACAGGUCUCUAAUUCUAUAGCUAUAGAAAGGAGGAAGAGCAAGCUAUAAGUGAAAUCUAAUUCAUGACAGUGGCAGUCUUUCUGCCUAGUACACCCCAUUCUCAAAGAGAACAUCUUGGCACACUCUGUGGUGCAUGUACAGCUUCCUGCAUCCUAUUUUAAUAUCAGAAAUGGUUUAAAGUCUUCACUUAUGUCACACAGUCCAGGUGUGUGACUUCUUAAAUCUUUAAUGGAAGCCCUAGAACAAAUGUAUAAGUGAAUGUAUAUGGGAAACCAAGAACGCCGCUAUCUAUUUUCAAGCAUCGUUUGGAUCAGGGAACUCUGAGUUAGUCUUUAUUCCCUGCAUAAAUCACUAUAAACAGUAAGAGCGCCAUUAAAUUUAGGUUGAAAAACAUAUAUUUCUCCUUCCCACUCCCCAAAUAUCUUUAUGCAGUGCUUUCAAUUGUUAAAAGUAGAUUCUUCUACUGAAAAAUUCAAACCAGUUGCCAGAUUCCAGGAUUGUUAAUUACUAUAACUUCAAAAAGAGUUCUAUAAGAUCACCAUUUUUAACCAACAGGACUAUUCAAGGUGGUUUAUUAUUAUGAGUGAUGGUAAUUUCUGCAUGAACGAACAAAGGUUGAGAGAGAAUAAAUGGUCUGUCUCCAUAAAUUUACCUUGGCAAUGACAAAGUGAUAAUGUAUGUAAUUUUGGUAUACAUGUGUAUGCAUGUCUCAUAGUGACAUAAAACAUACAUUAACACACACAGUUGUGUAGAGGUGUAUGUAUACACAUCCAAGCACAAUAUAAAUGCUUGGUUUCACCCACUAUUACAGUUGAGAAUGCAGCCAACAAUCAUUGUAAAAAAAUAUAGUUGCUGCAGUGUGUGGGUCUAGAAAGUCUUUGUUAAUUGUUGGGGGAAAGUGUGAUUUGUCAAUGUCUUCAAUAAACGAAACUCAGAUACAUGUGAAACUAGAAAAAAAAACUACACAAAGACAUAUCUCCAGAUGUUGUUAAUCAGUGCGUGAUAGUCCAUGUAGUCACAUUCUGGAUGCACUACAGAGAAAAUUACUUUCUGAGGUCUCAUUUUAGCUGUCACUUUGGCUAAAACUACAGAAAGUGUCACAGAGAUUAACUACAAUAUUAUAACAAAUGUGGGUUUUUCAUUAUGUAUUUUUCAGUCUCAGUUCUGUACAGCCAAAAUAUUUCAGUUAUAUGCUUUGGAAAUGACUUCUGCCUACUUGUAGUCUUACCCCAUGCACAAUUUAAGUUUGUCUAAUUGUAGCCAAGGCUAUUAAUCAUCUGUCUCAAGUUUUCUUUUCUUCUCAAAUCCAUUGACCUAUUAAUUUCCUUCCUGGAUAUUGUCGUUUUUGCAAGCACCUCUGUGACUUCCCUGCCUCAUAUAUUGCUUCAUUCACUUACCACUAGCAGAAGCUGCUUAUUAUCUCCACUACUAUUUUCGCUUUAUGGUUGUCACACUUGUUUUCUGCUUUGUCUUCAGAAUUGGUUAUAAAAAUAAGAUUCAGGUUUUUCACAGGAACUUUGAGCACUAGCAUAUUUGAUCAGACAUUCCAGAUUCUAAUUUUAUGAGAUGAAAUGAAGCAAGGUUUGAAUGGUCACUUAUCAUUUUAGUUAGCUGGAUGUUACAGUGACUUCUGCAUUGUAAGUUUGCAGUAUAUGCUGAAAACUGGCAGCCAAUCAGAUCAUACUUUUACUGCUGUGUAUUUACAGCAGUUAAUACACAGCAAGCCACUGAUCAUAACCUAGAAUCACCUCACUCCAUUUGUGGUGAAAAAUACAUUCAUUUCCAGUAAAAUAAACAUCAUUUCAAACUCCUGGCAUAAUAAUCCUAUAUUUUAAAAAAAAAACCUUUACCCUACUGCUUUUUGAUUAUUCUGGGUGACAAGAUGCUGAGAAACAAAAUCAAUUGGGCUUCCCAUCAAAUAACCAUGUAGGCAUCCUUAUGCAAAUUACCAGAAUGAAACAUAGCUGCUUCUGCAGUGCUGCUCACCAUUGCAAAAAAAAAGAAAAAGAAAAAUAAUAAUAAUAAUGAAAAGACAGGAUUAAGUGGUAUUGCCUAAUUGUUUUGAGGUGGAUAUACUGGAUCUGACAAUGCCCUUUUUACAUUUCGCCACUGAAAACACAAAUGUUUUAAAGCAAAUAGACUAUUUGAAGUGGUCCUAGUUAUACACAUGUAAUCCCAGAAGCAGAUUAUCCUAUCCCAUUUUCUUUCUCCAGGGUAUUGUAUGAAAAAACAUUUUUAAAGAUAAAAUCAAAUCACUGAAAACCUGUCAGCUUUGUGAGGUAGUUAAGAAGCACACCUAGAUAAACAAAUUAUAAUUGUAAGGUUACAUUAUCAGAAUCUUGUAAAUCUGAAAGUACAUUUCUCCAUUGUUAGCUUUACAGCCCAAGAAACUAGGGAGGGUUCCUUCUGAGUGUUUGCCAUGCCCACAUUCCUGCUGGGGGUGGCUUAGCUGAAUGUUCACCUGGUUGUAACUCUUCCCCCUUCCAUACCCAUAUACCACUGCAAAAGGGAUUAAAAAAUUAAAGCAAGGCAAGUUAGUAAAUUGUUAAUACUUGAAUUUGUAACAGAAAAGGCUAACACAAUUUUACAGUGAGCUGAAUGUUAUGGAGGCCAAAGGAAAACGACUCAGAUGGGCUUUCUAGGUUGUGGUAAGCAUCUAUAUCAAAAAGAAUGAGAAGAGAUAAUUAAGGCAAACAUAGUAUACCAUUUAUUUAAUGAAUAAAUUAAAGGAAACACAUGAACUUCUGUUAAGAAUGACUCUUAGCAAAAAUAGAUCCUUCAAAGUAUAUUUAAUUUUAGUUUUCAAUAGAUCCCAUAAUCUAAGAAACAGUAGCAUCAGAGAAUAUUUAUAUAUUCAUUAUCUCUCUUAUUCCUUAUUCUGAAGAAACUAAAGCAUACUAGGAUUUAUCAGAAUAAUGUAUGUGUGUGUGAGAGAGAGAGAGAGAGAAAGGGAGGGAGGGAGGGAGAAUCUGCCUUUGCACUGUCAAAGCAGAGAAAUAUGAAUGCUACAUUCAUAUUAUUCCCCUUUAUAUGGGAUUUACCUUAAAAAAGAGAAAUCCCUUCCUGGGGGGAGUGAAAAUCAUGUAAAACCUGGCAGUCAUUGUAACUAUAGGCAUACUAGACUACAUCCAUAUUGUAGGCAUGAAUUGACAUGCAUGUAAAUAAAAAAUGACAUAGCUGAGAUGCGUUGGAGAUUUUCUAAUGGUCUGAGAUUUGAUGCCUUGGCAAAAGUAUUUCUGCAAAGGAUAGAAGUCUCAUUCAUAUUAAUUAAAUCCCAAAGACAUUGGAAAACCUCUUCCAAAGUUAAAUGAAUAAAUUUUACAUUUUUAGAUAUCUUACCAGAAGCACAAACAUAAGUAAUCCAUAGCAAAAAUUGGAGUGAAGAGCACAAUUUUUUAAUUUUGUAUCAAGAGAAAUUAAACAUGCUUUAAUUUAUGAAGAAAGCACAGUUACAAUAUUUCCUUUUAAAAUAUAUCAACUCAUUACCCUCCAAAGAUGUGAAAGAACCAAUGCAGAAUGUAUCAGUAUUACAUAUUUCUAAGGAACAACUGGGAAAAUCCCAAGAUGAUUUUUUAAAGUGACAAAUUAUAAAAUCAUGGUGUAAUUAUUAUUUCUUCUGAAAACUCAGCUGAACAGAAUAAGAGUAGAGGCAUACACAACAAUUUUGACACCAGGCAUAAGGCAUUUUGAAGACAUCCUGACCUCCCAAUCACAAUGUAUGUCUGAACAUGACAUGAACCGACAAUUUUUUUUAAAGUGGUGUUUGGAAGACAAGGAUACAAACUCAUCAGAAAGAGCAGUUCACCUUAUAGUUCAUCUGCUUCAAAUACAAUCUCUAGCAACAAUUAUGUCUAAGUAUACACUUCGAUCUUUGAAGUAGAAAUGUUUCUGUUCCUUCUCCAGAAGAUCAUAGACAUCCAGAUAUCAGUUCCUUUCCAAUAAAAACACAAAAAAUGGAUUAAUGGCCUAAAUUGAUAUGAGGGACGGUUUGUUUUGUUUAGAAGAGAUGAAGAGACUUGGUCUGGAUUUUAUUCUACUACAAUUGUUUAUAUAAUGCAGGGUUCUGUGUGUAGAGGGGGUGUCCAAUAUGUCUCCAAUUCAUAUAAAUACUACAUCUUGCUGAAAUUUCAGAUGUUUCUAAGUCUUCAUAAUUUAUAGUUUACCAGAGGUGAAAAAUUCCAGACUGCUUCCUCUCCCCAAAGAUUUGAGGCAAACAUGACUUAAAAGUUUCUCAACUAUACACAGUUAGUAAUUAAAACAAUCAGUGCAGACAAACCCAAGCGAUGUUGUAUUGGUUGACCCUCAAAGCAACACUCCAGCUGUCCAUUAGUUUUGAUUUAUGUUUUGAUGCGAUCCUUUCACUAUUCGUUCUGUGCUGGUUUCACACAAUGAUUCAUGAAGCACAAAAGUUGUUCGACAUGUAUUUCAAAUGUCUUCUAUGAAUGAAAUUAGCCCCAUUUCUCACCAUGCCACAUGAAUUUAAGAGGACAAGAAAGGGUAUGUGUGCGCGCACAGUAUUUAUUUUCAUACAAUUAGAAGACUAGUGUUAAAAGAAACUCUAUUAUUUUCUUUUCUUUUAUUACAUUUAGAAUCUUCCCCCAAAGAAAAGAUUGCCGUAGCAAAAGUCAAUGUGCAAUACAUUAUUUCAUUAAUUAUAACAGGAAUGCCUCAAAAAGUGGUUUUAAACAUUAUCAUUUUGAAUAUAUUGGCUUAAAAAAAAAACAAAUUUCAUGCAGAACAUAUGGUGUAUCCUCCAUCUCUUUUCUGCAUGAAGAGUAUUUUUUUCUCCCAGACCAUUCAUCACAGGACUGAACAUGGGAUGUUUGCUAUGUGCAUCUUUAAACAUACUACUGAUAUUGCCUGUUAAAGAAAUAGGCUACAGAUUCUAUUUUAGCUUGAUACAAGAGUCUAUACUCGGAAGAAAAAUAAGCUCAUUCUCCACCUAUCAGCAUAUAACUAUUCAACCAUUUGGCCUUGUUCAUGAGGCUUUUGCUCAAGUUUAAAGAAAUAUUCAAGCAAAUCUCUUCCAGGUAGUCAACUUUCAUAACCCCUGGCAUUGUCGAUAUGUAAAGGCAUUGUCGAGAUGUAAAGAUUUAGGUCAACAUAUUUGGAGGACACCAAGAUGAGAUAAUUCUGCUCUGCCACAUUCCUGGGCCAAUGAUUAUGUAUUAUUGUGUUAAUUCAUGAGAACUUCCAUCUCCCCCCACCCCACUGUACUUCAUCUUAAACUCUUCUGUUCUUGAGCAGAUGGCUCAGUGUAAAUC